CACCUGUAGAAUUAUCGUCAGUGGUGAAUAUCCGCGACGGCGGUUGGUCAAAUCAAUACGAGAGGUACCACCAAUUCGAAAGGCAUACCUAUACUGAGUUGUUUAUUUACCAAGGACGUGCGCAUUCGUUUGAUGACCAUGAGUGUCGCGAAGAUCUCGCUGGAUGACGACCAGAAAUUUGCACUGAUGAAGUUUCGACGGAGCGUCCAUGAUGUGCUACAAUCACACCACGAUGACUAUUUUUUGCUCAGAUGGCUCAGAGCACGAUCCUGGGAUACUACCGCAGCAGAAAAAAUGCUUCGACAGUCGCUGAGGUGGCGCCAGCAGUGGGAAGUAGACACGGCUCUAAAAGAUUGGGUCCUACCGGAUGUGAUACGGCUCUAUUAUCCCAGCGGGAUAUCCGGAUUGGACAAACAAGGGGCACCAGUGAUUGUGGUUCCAUUUGCCGGGUUGGAUGUCGUAGGAUUGCUCCAUUCUGCCACAAGGCAGGACCUAAUACGAACCACUAUACAAAUAUUAGAGUCCACCUUAAAGACAGCGACUGAAACAGGUGCAAACCAACUGGUGGUUAUAUUCGAUAUGGAGGGGUUUAAUUUGAGGCAAUACGCAUGGCGACCAGCGGCCGAAAUGGUUAUAUCGCUGAUUCAAAUGUACGAGGCUAACUAUCCAGAAAUUCUGAAGGCCUGCUACAUAAUUAAUGCACCGAGUGUUUUCGCCAUAGCGUUCAAUGUGGUAAAGAAAUUUUUAAACGAAUCCACCCUAGCGAAAAUUGAAAUAUUCAAAAAGGAGCCGAAAAGGUGGAAAGCAGCUAUCUUGCAAACAAUAUCGGCGGACAAUCUGCCCAAAUAUCUAGGUGGGGAUUUGACAGAUCCCGAUGGGAACACCAAAUAUACGACUAAGAUUAAGCAGGGCGGAAAGGUACCAAAGUCCUUUUACACUAAAAAUUUGCAAGACGCCAGCAAUGGACAACCUAAACGAGAGCACGUAACAACUGUGAUAAAGAAGGGUGAUAAAUUAAUUUUAGAUUUUAUAGUUGCCGAGGAAGGAUGUUUUUUAAGGUGGGAUUUUAAGACCGACGGUCACGAUAUCCGUUUUGGGGUGACGUUAAAAGACGCGAACGGAAACACAAGUCCCGCAAUAAGACACCGGAGAGUUGCAGCCCACCAGAUCGACGAAUCCGGCAUCAUUUCGUGCCAGGCACCUGCUACAUAUACAGUAACAUUUGAUAAUUCCUACAGCCUGUUGAGAAGCAAAAAAAUUCACUAUUGUGUGUAUGUAACCCCGCCUCUAAAUAAAAUGAAUAUCGUUCCCACCGAUAGUGAAAUUGAGGCUGCCAAGGAAUGGACGGAAAGAAAACUGAGCAGUGUAAAUGAUAUUGCCACUAUCGUCGGUGAUGGUAGCACCAAAUUGUAAUUUGGAAAUAUAUUUUUUAAAGUUAUUAUUGUUUUAUCACCAAAAGAUAAUAUUGCUUGAACUAGCACUUUACCUCUAAUUAGAAUGCAAUACAAUUAACAAUUAAUCUGAGUUUCCUGUACAUUUGAAAGAGUAAUUUCUGUGACAUCAUAAUA